ACAAACAUCCAAAUUUACAUACACUUUUCAACGCCUUUUUGGUGCUUACUAAAUAAUGUCUAAUUCCCAAAUUUCAUCACGACGUUUAGGAUUUUCUGUCUCCAAUGCACCUUUUAUUGGUGGACUAAUAGACUACAUUACAAAAAGUUACCAAUAUGUGAAAAGUAAGUCUUUUGUCCAAGGAGAGAUUUUGCAUCAGAAAAAGAGCCAAGUGUCUCUUUCACCAUUCUUGAUUAUAACUGCUUUCCUCCUUGGUGUGGUUACCAAUGUGAAGUUUGAAGUGGGUACCAUAAUUACUGAUGAACCUCUGAGUAAUGACUUGCAUAAUAUUCUACUGAGCAAAGAAGACAAUUUGUAUACCGAUGAUAUAGAUGUUUCGAAAGUCAUGUUAUGUCUCGAGGCAUCAGAUGCUAUUGCAAUCAUCAUCAGCUCCAGUCUGGUAUGGCUGUCAUCAUAUGCGCGACCUCAACUCCGUAACCACCUGUUUCUGCCAUGGCUUGGUGUUGUCCUACGUGGGGUACUAUGUCGCCAGGCACCGACUGCAGCAGCGCUGUUGUACACCAUGGUAGUGAUCAACAAUAACCUGGAUCUCUUGUUCCUGUCGACUUUCUGCGCUCUUUUGAUAGUGGAAGCUCGUGUGUGGUUGGAGGUAGCUCGAAUAGUCGUGAUGAAGAGAGAGAAGAGAGUAGAAGAAACUGUUGUACAUGUUACGGUACGCAGAGAGGUACCUAGCGUCGAAAUUGGGAAUUUCCACUACUAAAA